GCUCCCUGCCCUGGGCAGCCUGUCCCCUUUCAAUUUCAGCCCUGCGGCACCUGCCCCCUCACCACUCAGCAGUGUCUGGCCGGCAGCUGCAGCCCGAGGAGCCAGGUGCAGCUACUGAGGAGGACCGCACUGUGACUGAAGGGCCUGUGGACGAGGUCAUUCGGCCACGGCCACAGGGGUCCUCCCCUGUCUACGAAUGCACAGCAGAAGGCACUGGCUUUGGAGUCCAGGAAGACGCCCCGGGCCGGCGAGGCUCCUCAGGGAGGCGGAGGUCCUGGUGGAAGCGGGCCUCGGGGGACUCGCAGGUCUUCUCCAGGAUGAGCCACCCAGAGGCUGUGCGGGAAGUGACAGAGGUGACACUGGAGACUGAGGUGGAGGCAGGAGCCAGUGGUUACAGUGUCACAGGUGGGGGACACCAGGGGAUCUUUGUCAAGCAAGUGCUGAAGGACUCCUCGGCUGCCAAGCUAUUCAGUUUGAGAGAAGGGGAUCAGCUGCUUAGUGCCACCAUCUUCUUUGACAACAUUAAAUAUGAAGAUGCUCUCAAGAUACUUCAGUACUCGGAGCCUUACAAGAUCCAGUUCAGAAUCAAACGGAAACUGCCUGCCCCAGAGGGGGAGGAACUGGCCGUCUCUGGCCCUUGGCAAGACUCCCAGGGCAAGGAGCAGGACAAGGAUGUGACUGACGAGUGUACAGAGACCCCUACGAAGACCCUGGAGGCAGAUGGUGACCGGGAGAGGCUCAUCUCCAAGCCCAGGGAGAGCCGUGGCAGGCGCCCCCACGAAAGGCUCUCCUGGCCCAAAUUUCAAGCCCUAAAGAGCAAGCGGGGGCCUGGACCUCGGCGUUCACACAGUUCCUCCGAGGCACACGAGCCUGGAGAUGCACGAGACGUGUCCCCGACAAGCACAGACACAGAGGCCCAGCUGCAGGAGGAGCUCCAGGCACAGAAGGCAGGGCCAGGCCGCCAGAGGAGGAGGAAGUUCCUGAACUUCAGAUUCAAGAUGGGUUCAGGACAGGAGCCCUCUGCCGCAGGGCAACUGGGCAGAGAGGCCCACGGCAGGCCACAUCCUGCUGGGGUGCUGGGGGAAAUGGGCCCCUGGGAGGAUGGGCCAGGGGCCACAGGGGCUCCUGCGGGAGGCAGGCCCGAGGAGAGAGCACAGUGGCAAGAGGCUGGGCCGCCUGUGCAGCAGGGAAUGGAGCCAGGCCUUCCAGCACACGCCCUUGGUGACAGAGCUCCUGCAGAAGGGGUAGGGAUGGCUGCCAGGGGCCAAAGGGAGACACAACCCGUGAGCACCCAGCACAAAGCAGGGGAGCACAGCAAGCCCAGGAGCGGCACUGGCGCAGGCCGGGGGAUGAGCUGGGAGCAGGAAUGGGAAGAGAUUCAGAGUCUGGAAAUGGGGAUAGCAAGACUGUCCCUGCUGGACACCCAGGACCCAGGCAGCUCACAGACACACGGACCGGAAACACAGGUCCAAGUACGUGACUUAAAGACACCCAAAUUUGGAAUUUCCAAAGAAAAAGUAACAGAGACAGGAAAAGGUGGCAAAGGACUUGAAAAGAAGAAGGGAGAGCAGACAUCACCAGGAGAGGACGAGGGGGCCAGGACGGAGGCCACCGCAGAAGAGGACACACCAGUGGGCACAGGGCCCCAGGCAGACGCUGCAAGGAGGAAAGAACAAAAACAGAAGACACCAAAGACACCGCAGGACAAGGGGGAGACACAGAAAGAUGAGGACCCAGAGAGGAGGGAGGCCAAGGCGAAGAUGCCCAGGGCGCCAAGGAGCUCCAUGGGACGGUCACCAAGUCGGGAAGGGAGAGCAAGCUCACCUAGAGCAGGAGGGGAAGGGAAACGGGAGACGGCCCGCGAAGACAGGAGGGCGACGAGGGGACCUCACGCGGUGGGCACAGAAGACGCCCUGCCAGGGGAAGAGCAGGAGCAGAGACCAGUGGGAGCCACACAAAAGAGAGACGCGGAGACCACAGAGGAGAACGUCAAGAAGGGACACAGGGACCAGGACGCAGGAGAGGGCCGGCUCAGAAGGCCCACGUUCAAGAUGCCCUCCUUCAGCGGGUCCGCCGUCGGCAGGGCCUGGGACGCGUCUGUGGAGGUGAGGGCACCCAAGGUGGAGGCUGAUGUGGCCUUGCCUUCCACACAGGGUGACCUCAAGAGCUCUGACCUCAGCAUCCAGCUGCCUGCCACCAACUUGGACACCAGGGAUGGCCAGGUGGACGUGACCCUCCCCGAGGCCACCUUGCCUGAGGGAGACCUUCUGGCAGACACAGACUCUGGAGCUGGCCUGAAGGGACACCUACCCAAGAUGCAGAUGCCCAGCAUCAAGAUGCCCAAGGUGGACCUUAAGGGCCCCCAGGUGGACAUAAAGGGCCCCAAGCUGGAGGUGAAAGGCCCCAAGGUUGAGGUGAGUGCCCCCGACCUGGACAUGGAGCUGCCCUCUGGACAGGUGGACAUGCAGGCCCCCACCACCAAGCUGGAGGAGGACCUGGCCCUGGCAGACAAGGAAGUGGCCACCGGAGACAGCAAGUUCAAAAGGCCCAAGUUCAAGAUGCCCUCUUUUGGCAUCUCUGCCCCCAGCAAGACCUUGGACACAUCCAUGGAGGUGAAGGCACCCAAGGUGGAAGCCCAUGUGACCUUGCCCUCCAUCCAGGGUGAUCUCAAAGACCCUGACCUCCACAUGCAGCUGCCUGAAGCCAAUGUGGACAUCAGGGCUGGCCACAUGGACAUGACCCUCCCCGAGGCCACCCUGCCCAAGAAAGUGCUACUGGCAGCCCCUGAUGCUGAAGCUGGCCUUAAGGGGCACAAGGCCAAGGUGCAGAUGCCCAGCAUCAAGAUGCCCAAGGUGGACCUCAAGGGCCCUCAGGUAGAUGUCAAGGGCCCCAAGCUGGACAUGAAAGACAACAAGGGCGAGGUCAACACCCCUGACCUGGACGUGGAGCAGCCAUCAGUGCAGGUGGACAUAAAGGCCCCUGGUGCCAAGGUGGAAGGGGCCCUGGCCCUUGCAGAAAAGGACUUGGCCACUAAAGAGGGCAAGUUCAAAAUGCCCAAGUUCAAGAUGCCCUCCUUCGGCCUAUCUGCCCCCAGCAAGACAUUGGACACAUCCAUGGAGGUGAAGGCACCCAAGGUGGAGGCCGAUGUGGCCCUGCCCUCCAUCCAGAGUGACCUCAAAACCUCUGAACUCAGCAUCCAGAUGCCCACUGCUGACUUACAGGCUGGGACUGGACAGGUGGACUUGACCCUACCCAAGGCCACCCUGCCAAAGGGAGAGCUGCCGGCAGCCCCUCCAGCUGGAGCCAGCCUGAAGGGGCACUUGCCCAAGGUGCAGAUGCCCAGCAUCAAGAUGCCCAAGGUGGACCUCAAGGGCCCUCAGGUAGAUGUCAAGGGUCCCAAGCUGGACAUGAAAGGCAUCAAGGGCAGGGUGAGUGCCCCUGACCGGGACAUGGAACAGCCAUCACUGCAGGUGGACAUACAGGUUCCUGGUGAGAAGCUGGAUGGGGACCUGGCCCUGGCAGACAAGGACGUGGCCACCAAAGAGGACAAGUUCAAAAUGCCCAAGUUCAAGAUGCCCUCCUUUGGUGUGUCUGCCCCCAGCAAGACCUUGGACACGUCCGUGGAGGUGAAGGCACGCAAGGUGGAGGCCGAUGUGGCCCUGCCCUCCAUCCAGAGUGACCUCAAAACCUCUGACAUCAGCAUCCAGCUGCCUACAGCCGACCUGGAGGCUGGGGAUAGCCAGGGGGACGUGACCCUCCCCAAGGCCACCCUGCCUGAGGGAGAGCAGCCACCGGCUCCUCCUGCUGGAGCCAGCCUGAAGGGACACCUGCCCAAGGUGCAGAUGCCCAGCAUCAAGAUGCCCAAGGUGGACCUCAAGGGCCCCCAGGUGGACAUAAAGGGCCCCAAGCUGGAGGUGAAAGGCCCCAAGGUUGAGGUGAGUGCCCCCGACCUGGACAUGGAGCUGCCCUCUGGGCAGGUGGACAUACAGGCCUCCAGUGCCAAGCUAGAGGGGGACCUGGCCCUGGCAGACAAGGAAGUGGCCACCAAAGACAGCAAGUUCAAAAUGCCCAAGUUCAAGAUGCCGUCCUUCGGCCUGUCGGCCCCCGUCAAGACCUUGGACACAUCCAUGGAGGUGAAGGCACCCAAGGUGGAGGCCGAUGUGGCCCUGCCCUCCAUCCAGGGUGACCUCAAAACCUCUGACAUUAGCAUCCAGCUGCCAACUGCUGACCUGGACACCAGGGCUCGCCAGGUGGAAGUGACCCACCCCGAGGCCACCGUGCCUGAAGGAGAAUUUCAGGUGGCCCCUCCUGCUGGAGCCAGCCUGAAGGGGCACAUGCCCAAGAUGCAGAUGCCCAGCAUCAAGAUGCCCAAGGUGGACCUCAAGGGCCCCCAGGUGGACAUAAAGGGCCCCAAGCUGGAGGUGAAAGACCCCAAGGUUGAGGUGAGUGCCCCCGACCUGGACAUGGAGCUGCCCUCUGGGCAGGUGGACAUGCAGGCCCCCAGUGCCAAGCUGGAGGGGGAUCUGGCCCUGGCAGACAAGGAAGUGGACAUCAAAGACAGCAAGUUCAAAAUGCCCAAGUUCAAGAUGCCCUCCUUCAGUGUGUCUACCCCCAGCAAGACCUUGGACACGUCCGUGGAGGUGAAGGCACCCAAGGCGGAGGCCGAUGUGGCCCUGCCCUCCAUCCAGAGUGACCUCAAAACCUCUGAACUUGGCAUCCAGAUGCCCACUGCUGACCUAGAGGCUGGGACUGGACAGGUGGACUUGACCCUACCCAAGGCCACCCUGCCCAAGGGAGAGCUGCCGGCGGCCCCUCCUGCUGGAGCCAGCCUGAAGGGGCACCUGCCCAAGGUGCAGAUGCCCAGCAUCAAGAUGCCCAAGGUGGACCUCAAGGGCCCUCAGGUAGAUGUCAAGGGCCCCAAGCUGGACAUGAAAGACAACAAGGGCGAGGUCAACACCCCUGACCUGGACGUGGAGCAGCCAUCAGUGCAGGUGGACAUAAAGGCCCCUGGUGCCAAGGUGGAAGGGGCCCUGGCCCUUGCAGAAAAGGACUUGGCCACUAAAGAGGGCAAGUUCAAAAUGCCCAAGUUCAAGAUGCCCUCCUUCGGCCUAUCUGCCCCCAGCAAGACAUUGGACACAUCCAUGGAGGUGAAGGCACCCAAGGUGGAGGCCGAUGUGGCCCUGCCCUCCAUCCAGAGUGACCUCAAAACCUCUGACAUCAGCAUCCAGCUGCCUACAGCCAACCUGGAGGCUGGGGAUAGCCAGGGGGACGUGACCCUCCCCAAGACCACCCUGCCUGAGGGAGAGCUGAUGCCAGCCCCUCCAGCUGGAGCCAGCCUGAAGGGACACCUGCCCAAGGUGCAGAUGCCCAGCAUCAAGAUGCCCAAGGUGGACCUCAAGGGCCCCCAGGUGGACAUAAAGGGCCCCAAGCUGGAGGUGAAAGGCCCCAAGGUUGAGGUGAGUGCCCCCGACCUGGACGUGGAGCUGCCCUCUGGGCACAUGGACAUACAGGCCCCCAGUGCCAAGCUGGAGGGGGAUCUGACCCUGGCAGACAAGGAUGUGGACACCAAAGACAGCAAGUUCAAAAUGCCCAAGUUCAAGAUGCCGUCCUUCGGCCUGUCGGCCCCCGUCAAGACAUUGGGCGCGUCUGUGGAGGUGAAGGCGCCCAAGGUGGAGGUUGAUGUGGCCCUGCCCUCCAUCCAGGGUGACCUCAAAACCUCUGACAUCAGCAUCCAGCUGCCCCCCGCCGAAAUGGGGGACAGGGCUGGCCAGGUGGACCUGACCCUCCCUGAGGCCACCCUGCCUAAGGAAGAGCUGCCGGCGGCCCCUGCUGAUGGAGCCAGCCUGAAGGGGCACCUGCUCAAGGGGCAGAUGCCCAGCAUCAAGAUGCCCAAGGUGGACCUCAAGGGCCCUCAGGUAGAUGUCAAGGGUCCCAAGCUGGACAUGAAAGGCAUCAAGGGCAGGGUGAGUGCCCCUGACCGGGACAUGGAACAGCCAUCACUGCAGGUGGACAUACAGGUUCCUGGUGAGAAGCUGGAUGGGGACCUGGCCCUGGCAGACAAGGACGUGGCCACCAAAGAGGACAAGUUCAAAAUGCCCAAGUUCAAGAUGCCCUCCUUAGGCGUGUCCGCCCUAGGAAAGGCCUUGGAAGCAUCUGUGGAGGUGAAGGCGCCCAAGGUGAAGGAUGAUGUGGCCUUGCUGUCCACACAGGGUGACCUCAUGAGCUCUGACCUCAGCAUCCAGCUGCCCACUGCAGAUCUGGACACCAGGGAUGGUCAAGUUUAUGUGACACUCCACGAGGCCACCCUGCCUGAGGGAGAGCUGCCAGUGGCACCUGACACUAAAUCCGGCCUAAAGGGGCACCAGCCCAAGGUGCAGAUGCCCAGAUUCAAGAUGCCCAAGGUAGACAUCAAGGGCCCUCAGGUAGAUGUCAAGGGCCCCAAGCUGGACGUGAAAGGCUCUAGGGGCGAGGUGAGUGGCCCCGACCUGGACAUGGAGCUGCCCUCUGGGCAGGUAGACAUACAGGCCCCCAGUGCCAAGCUGGAGGGGGACCUGGCCCUGGCAGACAAGGAAGUGGCCACCAGAGACAGCAAGUUCAAAAUGCCUGAGUUCAAGAUGCCCUCUUUUGGCAUCUCUGCCCCUGGCAAGACCUUGGACGCGUCUUUGGAGGAGAAGGGGCCCAAGGUGGAGGUUGAUGUGGCCCUGCCCUCCAUCCAGGGUGACCUCAAAGCCUCUGACCUCAGCAUUCAGCUGCCCACCACUGGCCUGGAGGCUGGGACUGGCAAGGUGGACGUGACCGUCCCCGAGGCCACCCUGUCCGAGGGAGAGAUUCCGGCUACCCCUGCUGCUGGAGCCAAGCUGAAGGGGCACCUGCCCAAGAUGCAGAUGCACAGCAUCAAGAUGCCUAAGGUGGACCUCAAGGGGCCCCAGUUGGACAUCCAGGGCCCCAAGCUGGAGGUGAAAGGCACCAAGGUCGAAGUGAGCACCCCUGUCAUGGAUGUGGAACAGCCAUCAGUGCAGGUGGACAUACAGGCUCCUGGUGCCAAGGUGGAGGGGGACCUGGCCCUGGCAGACAAGGACGUGGCCACCAAAGAGGGCAAGUUCAAAAUGCCCAAGUUCAAGAUGCCCUCCUUAGGCGUGUCUGCCCCAGGAAAGGCCUUGGACACAUCAGUGGAAGUGAAGGUGGCCAAGGUGGAAGCCGAUGUGACCUUGCCUUCCAUACAUGGUGACCUCAAGAGCUCUGACCUCAGCAUCCAACUGCCCACCGCAGCCCUAAACACCAGGGAUGGCCAGGAGGAUGUGACUCUCUAUGAGGCCACCCUGCCUGAGGGAGAGCUCCUGGCAGCCCCUGACUCAGGUCCCAGCCUGAAGGGGCAUCUGCCCAAGGUGCAGAUGCCCAGCAUCAAGAUGCCCAAGGUGGACCUCAAGGGCCCCAAACUGGAUGUGAAAGGCCCCAAGAGCGGGGUGAGUAGCUUUGACCUGGAGAUGGAGCUGCCAUUAGGACAGGUGGACAUACAGGCCCCCACCACCAAGAUGGAGGGGGAUCUGGCCCUGGAAGAUAAGGAAGUGGCCACCAGAGACAGCAAGCUCAAAAGGCCGAAGUUCAAGAUGCCGUCUUUUGGCAUCUCUGUCCCCGGCAAGACCUUGGGUGCAUCUGUGGAGGUGAAGGCACCCAAGGAGGUGGCCGAUGUGGUCCUGCCCUCCAACCAGAGUGACCUCAAAAGCUCUGACCUCAGCAUCCAGCUGCCCCCCGCCGACAUGGGUGACAGGGCUGGCCAGGUGGACGUGACCCUCCCCGAGGCCACCCUGCCUAAAGGAGAGCUGCCGGCGGCCCCUGCUGAUGGAGCCAGCCUGAAGGGGCACCUGCCCAAGGUGCAGAUGCCCAGCAUCAAGAUGCCCAAGGUGGACCUCAAGGGCCCUCAGGUAGAUGUCAAGGGCCCCAAGCUGGACAUGAAAGACAACAAGGGCGAGGUCAACACCCCUGACAUGGACGUGGAGCAGCCAUCAGUGCAGGUGGACAUAAAGGCCCCUGGUGCCAAGGUGGAAGGGGCCCUGGCCCUUGCAGAAAAGGACUUGGCCACUAAAGAGGGCAAGUUCAAAAUGCCCAAGUUCAAGAUGCCCUCCUUCGGCCUAUCUGCCCCCAGCAAGACAUUGGACACAUCCAUGGAGGUGAAGGCACCCAAGGUGGAGGCCGAUGUGGCCCUGCCCUCCAUCCAGAGUGACCUCAAAACCUCUGAACUCAGCAUCCAGAUGCCCACUGCUGACCUACAGGCUGGGACUGUACAGGUGGACUUGACCCUACCCAAGGCCACCCUGCCAAAGGGAGAACUGCCGGCGGCCCCUCCAGCUGGAGCCAGCCUGAAGGGGCACUUGCCCAAGGUGCAGAUGCCCAGCAUCAAGAUGCCCAAGGUGGACCUCAAGGGCCCCCAGGUGGACAUAAAGGGCCCCAAGCUGGAGGUGAAAGACCCCAAGGUUGAGGUGAGUGCCCUCGACCUGGACAUGGAGUUGCCCUCUGGGCACAUGGACAUACAGGCGUCCAGUGCCAAGCUGGAGGGGGAACUGGCCCUGGAAGACAAGGAAGAGGCCAUUAAAGACAGUAAGUUCAAAAUGCCCAAGUUCAAGAUGCCCUCCUUUGGUGUGUCUGCCCCCAGCAAGACCUUGGACACGUCCGUGGAGGUGAAGGCACCCAAGGUGGAGGCCGAUGUGGCCCUGCCCUCCAUCCAGAGUGACCUCAAAACCUCUGAACUCAGCAUCCAGCUGCCUACAGCCGACCUGGAGGCUGGGGAUAGCCAGGGGGACGUGACCCUCCCCAAGACCACCCUGCCUGAGGGAGAGCAGCCACCAGCUCCUCCUGCUGGAGCCAGGCUGAAGGGACACCUGCCCAAGGUGCAGAUGCCCAGCAUCAAGAUGCCCAAGGUGGACCUCAAGGGCCCCCAGGUGGACAUAAAGGGCCCCAAGCUGGAGGUGAAAGGCCCCAAGGUUGAGGUGAGUGCCCCCGACCUGGACAUGGAGCUGCCCUCUGGGCAGGUGGACAUACAGGCCCCCAGUGCCAAGCUGGAGGGGGAUCUGACCCUGGCAGACAAGGAAGUGGCCACCAAAGACAGCAAGUUCAAAAUGCCCAAGUUCAAGAUGCCCUCCUUCAGUGUGUCUACCCCCAGUAAGACCUUGGACACGUCCGUGGAGGUGAAGGUGCCCAAGGCAGAGGCCGAUGUGGCCCUGCCCUCCAUCCAGAGUGACCUCAAAACCUCUGAACUCGGCAUCAAGAUGCCCACUGCCGACCUAGAGGCUGGGACUGGACAGGUGGACUUGACCCUACCCAAAGCCACCCUGCCCAAGGGAGAGCUGCCGGCGGCCCCUCCUGCUGGAGCCAGCCUGAAGGGGCACUUGCCCAAGGUGCAGAUACCUAGCACCAAGAUGCCCAAGGUGGACCUCAAGGAGCCCCAAGUGGACGUCAGGGGCCCCAAGCUGGACAUAAAAGAGUCCAAGGUCGAGGAAAGUACCCCCGACAUCGACAUGGAGUUUCCCUCCAUACAGGUGGACAUAGAGACCCCCAGUGCCAAGCUAGACGGGGACCUGGCCCUGGCAGACAAGGACGUGGCCACCAAAGAGGACAAGUUCAAAAUGCCCAAGUUCAAGAUGCCCUCCUUAGGCGUGUCCGCCCUAGGAAAGGCCUUGGACGCGUCUGUGGAGGUGAAGGCGCCCAAGGUGGAGGAUGAUGUGGCCUUGCUGUCCACACAGGGUGACCUCAUGAGCUCUGACCUCAGCAUCCAGCUGCCCACUGCUGACCUGGACACCAGGGAUGGUCAAGUUUACGUGACACUCCACGAGGCCACCCUGCCUGAGGGAGAGCUGCCAGUGGCACCUGACACUAAAUCCGGCCUAAAGGGGCACCAGCCCAAGGUGCAGAUGCCCAGAUUCAAGAUGCCCAAGGUAGACAUCAAGGGCCCCCAGGUAGAUAUCAAGGGCCCCAAGCUGGAUGUGAAAGGCUCUAGGGGCGAGGUGAGUGGCCCCGACCUGGACAUGGAGCUGCCCUCUGGGCAGGUAGACAUACAGGCCCCCAGUGCCAAGCUGGAGGGGGACCUGGCUCUGGCAGACAAGGAAGUGGCCACCAGAGACAGCAAGUUCAAAAUGCCCGAGUUCAAGAUGCCCUCUUUUGGCAUCUCUGCCCCUGGCAAGACCUUGGACGCGUCCAUGGAGGUGAAAGGGCCCAAGGAGGAAGCCGAUGUGGUCCUGCCCUCCAACCAGAGUGACCUCAAAAGCUCUGACCUCAGCAUCCAGCUGCCCACUGCCAGGACUGAACAGAUAGACGUGACCCUUCUCAAGGAAGGCCUGCCCAAGGGAGAGCUGCCGGUAGCUCUUCCUGCUGGAGCCAGCCUGAAGGGGCACCUGCCCAAGGUGCAGAUGCCCAGCAUCAAAAUGCCCAAGGUGGACCUCAAGGGGCCCCAGGUAGAUGUCAAAAGUCCCAAUUUGGAUGUGAAAGGCACCAAGGGCCAGGUGAGCACCCCUGACCUGGACAUGGAGCAGCCAUCAGUGCAGGUGGACAUACAGGUUCCUGGUGCCAAGCUGGAAGGGGACCUGGCCCUGACAGACAAGGAAGUGAUCACCAAAGAGGGCAAGUUCAAAAUGCCCAAGUUCAAGAUGCCCUCCUUCGGCAUGUCUGCCACUGGAAAGGCCUUGGACGCAUCUGUUGACAUAAAAGUGCCUAAAGUAGAGGCCGAUGUGGCCUUGCCUUCCACACAGGGUGACCUCAUGAGCUCAGAACUCAGCAUCCAACUGCCCACCGCUAACCUAGACACCAGGGAUGGCCAGGAGGAUGUGACCCUCCAUGAUAGCCCCCUGCCUAAGGAAGAGCUGCCAGGGGAACCUGACAUUAAAUCUGGCCUAAAGGGGCACCAGCCCAAAGUGCAGAUGCCCAGAUUCAAGAUGCCCAAGGUGGACCUCAAGGGGCCCCAAGUGGACAUAAAGGGCCCCAAGGUGGACGUGAAAGGCCCCAAGGUCGAGGUGAGUGUCCCAGACCUGGACAUGGAGCUUCCCUCUGGGCAGGUGGACAUACAGGCCCCCAACACCAAGAUGGAGGAGGACCUGGUUCUGGAAGACAAAGAAGUGGCCACCAGAGACAGCAAGUUCAAAAGGCCCAAGUUCAAGAUGCCCUCCUUCGGCAUCUCUGUCCCGGGCAAGACCUUGGAUGCAUCUGUGGAGGUGAAGGCACCCAAGGAGGUGGCCGAUGUGGUCCUGCCCUCCAUCCAGAGUGACCUCAAAACCCCUGACCUCAGUAUCCAGCUGCCCACCGCCGACCUGGAGACCAGGGCUGGCCAGGUGGACGUGACCUUCUCUGAGGCCACCCUGCCCAAGAAAGAGCUGCCGGCGGCCCCUCCUGCUGGAGCCAGCCUGAAGGGGCACCUGCCCAAGGUGCAGAUGCCCAGCAUCAAGAUGCCCAAGGUGGACCUCAAGGGCCCCCAGGUAGAUGUCAAGGGCCCCAAGCUGGACAUGAAAGGCACCAAGGUUGAGGUGAGUGUCCCCGACUUUGACAUGGAGCUGCCCUCUGUGCAGGUAGACAUAGAGGCCCCUGGUGCCAAGCUAGAGGGGGACCUGGCCCUGGCAGACAAGGAUGUGGACACCAAAGACAGCAAGUUCAAAAUGCCCAAGUUCAAGAUGCCGUCCUUCAGCAUCUCUGCCCCCGGCAAGAUCUUGGACACGACUAUGGAGGUGAAGGCGCCCAAAGUGGAGGUCGAUGUGCCCUCUAUCCAGGGUGACCUUGAAGCCUCUGACCUCAGCAUCCAGCUGCCUGCCACCCACCCUGACGCCAGGGCUGGCCAGGGGGACGUGACAUUCCCUGAUGCCACCCGGCCCAAUGGAGAGCUUCCGGCUACCCCUGCUGCUGGAGCCAGCCUGAAGGGGCACCUGCCCAAGGUGCAGAUGCCCAGCAUCAAGAUGCCCAAGGUGGACCUCAAGGGGCCCCAGGUAGAUGUCAAGGGCCCCAAGCUGGACAUGAAAGGCACCAAGGUUGAGGUGAGUGUCCCCGACUUUGACAUGGAGCUGCCCUCUGUGCAGGUAGACAUAGAGGCCCCUGGUGCCAAGCUAGAGGGGGACCUGGCCCUGGCAGACAAGGAUGUGGACACCAAAGACAGCAAGUUCAAAAUGCCCAAGUUCAAGAUGCCGUCCUUCAGCAUCUCUGCCCCCGGCAAGAUCUUGGACACGACUAUGGAGGUGAAGGCGCCCAAAGUGGAGGUCGAUGUGCCCUCUAUCCAGGGUGACCUUGAAGCCUCUGACCUCAGCAUCCAGCUGCCUGCCACCCACCCUGACGCCAGGGCUGGCCAGGGGGACGUGACAUUCCCUGAUGCCACCCGGCCCAAUGGAGAGCUUCCGGCUACCCCUGCUGCUGGAGCCAGCCUGAAGGGGCACCUGCCCAAGGUGCAGAUGCCCAGCAUCAAGAUGCCCAAGGUGGACCUCAAGGGGCCCCAGGUAGAUGUCAAAGGACCCAAGCUGGACUUGAAAGGCACCAAAGGUGAGGUGAGCACCCCAGACCUGAUGGUGGAGCAGCCAUCAGUGCAGGUGGACAUACAGGCUCCUGGCGCCAAGGUGGAGGGGGACCUGGCCCUGGCAGAAAAGGACGUGGCCACCAAAGAGGGCAAGUUCAAAAUGCCCAAGUUCAAGAUGCCCUCCUUAGGCAUGUCUGCCCCAGGAAAGGCCUUGGACACGUCUGUGGAGGUGAAGGCGCCCAAGGUGGAGGCUGAUGUGACCUUGUCUUUCACACAUGGUGACCUCAAGAGCUCUGACCUCCACAUGCAGCUGCCUACUGCUGACCUGGACAGGAGAGAUGGCCAUGUGGAUAUGACCCUCCAUGAGACUGCCCAGCCUGAGGGAGAGCUCCUAGCAGCCCCUGAUUCAGGAGCCAGCCUGAAGGGGCUCCUGCCCAAGGUGCACAUGCCCAGCAUCAAGAUGCCCAAGGUGGACCUCAAGGGCCCCAAGCUAGACGUGAAAGGUUCCAAGGGCGAGGUGAGUGUCCCAGACCUGGAGAUGGAGCUGCCCUCCAUGCAGGUGGACAUACAGACCCCCAGUGCCAAUUUGGAGGGGGACCUGGCCCUAUUAGAGGAGGAUGUGGCCACCAAAGAGGGCAAGUUCAAAAUGCCCAAGUUCAAGAUGCCCUCCGUAGGCUUGUCUGCCCCAGGAAAGGCCUUGGACACGUUGGUGGAGGUGAAGGUGCCCAAGAUGAAGGCUGAUGUGGACAUGCCCUCCAUUGAGGGCGACCUCAAAGGCUCUGACCUCUGCAUACAGCUGCCCGACACCGACCUGGACUCCAGGGCUCUCCAGGUGGAUGUGACCCUCCCCGAGGCCACCUUGCCGGAGGAAGAGCUUCUGGUGGCCUCUGCUGCUGUAUCCAGCCUGAAGGGGCACCUGCCCAAGGUGCAGAUGCCCAGCAUCAAGAUGCCCAAGGUGGACCUCAAAGAGUCCCAGGUGGACGUCAAGGGCCCCAAGCUGGACAUAAAAGGCUCCAAGGGCAGGGUGAGCACCCCCGACCUGGAGCUGCCUUCUGUGCAAGUGGAUAUUCAAGCCCCUGGUGCCCAGCUUGAGGGGGACCUGGCCCUGGCAGACAAGGAGGUGGCCACCAAAGAGGGCAAGUUCAAAAUGCCCAAGUUCAAGAUGCCCUCCUUUGGCAUGUCUGCCCCAGGAAAGGCCUUGGACACGUCUGUGGAGGUGAAGAGGCCCAAGGUGGAGGCCGAUGUGGCCCUGCCCUCCAUUCAGGGAGACCUCAAGGACUCUGACCUCAGCAGCCAGCUGUCUGCCACUGACUUGGAGGCUGGCGCUGGCCAGGUAGACGUGACCCUCCCCAAGCCCACCCUGCUCGAGGGAGAGCUGCAGGCGGCCCCUGACUCUGGAAUAGGCCUGAAGGGGCAUCUGCCCAAGAUGCAGAUGACCAGCAUCAAGAUUCCCAAGGUGGACCUCAAGGGGCCCCUGGUGGAUGUCAAAGGCCCCAAGGGUGAGGAGAGCACCCCAAACCUGGACAUGGAGCUGCCCUCUAUGGAGGUGGACAUACAGGCCCCCAGUGCCAAGCUAGAGGGGGACCUGGCCCUGGCAGACAAGGAAGUGGCCACCAAAGACAGCAAAUUCAAAAUGCCCAAGUUCAAGAUGCCCUCGUUCAGCCUGUCUGCCCAAGGAAAGGCUUCGGAUGCAUCCGUGGAUGUGAAGGUGCCCAAGGUGGAGGCCAAUGUGACCCUGCCGUCCAUUCAGGGCGACAUCAAAAGCUCUGAGCUCAGCAUCCAGCUGCCCACCGACCACCUGCAGGCUGGGCCCGGUGAGGUGGAUGUGACCCUCUCUGAGGCUGCCCUGCCCGAGGGAGAGGUGCCAGUGGCCACAGUCUCUGGAGCCAGCCUGAAGGGGCACGUGCCCAAGGUGCAGAUGCCCAGCAUCAAGAUGCCCAAGGUGGAUGUCAAGGGCCCCCAGGUGGACACAAAGGGCCCCAAGCUGGAGGUGAAGAGCCCCAAGGGUGAGGUGCUCCCCUCUGAACUUGAUGUGGAGCAGCCCUCCGUGCAGGUGGACACACAGGUCCCCGGCGCUAAGCUGGAGGGGGACCUGGUUGUGGCAGGGGACUUGGCCCCUGAAGACAUCAAGUUGGAAAGUGGUGAUGUAGACACGCCUUUUUCAAAACGAGAAUCAGAAUUGACAUUUCAUAGACCCCAUUUUAAAUUUUCUAAAUUGUUCAGUCCUCAUAAGAAAUCCCCUCGGGGUACUGCUGGCGUGGAAGAGGCCCCCGGGGCCUGCCUCCUCCGCGUGUCCCCAACAUCAUCCUCACAGGUCUCUGGGGUGGAAUCGCAGGAGUGCACGGUGUCUGGGGUCACUUCCUCUGUGGAGAGUCCCAGUUUUCUCACGUCUGACCUUCCUUUUGCUAGAGCUGACGGUGCUGCGGGGCGCACUGGGCCCCCUGUUGUCACGGGUAGUGAGCGUCCCUCGCUGAGCCAGCCCCCGGAGGCCUGCUUUCCUCCGGGUUCCAGAGCCGAGUGCCCGCAGGCCUCCUGCUCUCCACAGCGGGGCGCUCCUUCUGCUGGUUCUGAGAGCUCUGUUGUCUGUGUGUCCUCCCCUGAGCAUCAGUCAGGCCCAGAGGACCCCGAGCCUCCUGCAUUCCAUGCCCGGGUGACUUUUCCUAAAUUCCACAAGCCAAAAUUUGGGUUUUCCUGUGCUGCUGCAGCUGUUGCUGAGGCAGAUUCACGUGCUGCCGAGGAUAGCCCAGGCCUGUCUCUCCUCUGCCCUGUUGAGGGAGUGGAUUCGUUAGGUGAGGGUGCCGUGGUGACCGGUCUGCCUGCCUCUCAGCCCCUGUCCUCAGGUGUCCCUGAGUCCCCAGGGAGGGAGGAGCACUUGGGUCUGGCUGUCGUUGGAGGCCCAGCUGAAGCUGCUGACCGUGAUGGGAAGGGCAGUCCCUUUAAGAUGCCUCGCCUCAAGCUCCCGUCUUUUAGCUGGUCUCCGAAAAAGCAGGCAGUGGUAACAGGGGACCCUGGGGGCCACCCAGAGGACGCCACACUCAGCCUGGUUCUGGACACAGACGAAAUGCAUACCCAGCACACGGUCCAGGUGCCCCCAACGGAAGCUCAAAUGCAUCUGCCUUCAGAGAAGGAAGGAGAGAAAGGGAGGCCAAGGAAGCCUGCCUUGGCCAUGCCCAGACUUCCACUUCCCAGACGGCAGGCUUCCAAGGCGCGGGAGAGCUUGCCUCCAGGAGACACAGACGCUGCAUUGUCCAGUACCACAGAUGGAAACGACACCGAAGCCACAGAGAGGGCCAGCUGUGAUGGUGGUCAGGGAGACACUGGCGUGACGGCCGGCCCCCUGGAAGGAGAUGGGGGGCAUGUCCAGGUGCCACAGGCCCAUCCUCCCAGUUUGGGUUUUGACAAACCCAAGGUGGAGGUGAGUCUGUCGAAGGCUGACCUGCACCUUCCCAAACAUGACCUGGCUAUCAGAGGUGACAGCAAAGAAAGCCGGCUCGGGGACCUCUCCAUGAGCCAGUCCCAUGGGGAGAGGAUGGCACACCCCGAGGAUGUCCCCACUGUGGAAAGCCCAGAGGGGGGCACUACCACCAGAGCAGCACCGGCAGACUCGCAGGCACACUGGUUCAGGAUGCCCACGUUGCGCGUGCCUGGCUUCAGGCGCUCUUCCUCCAAGGAGCAAGGGGGACCCCGGGAGCAGGACACAGCCGAGAUAUGCAGGCUGGCUGCCCCCACACCAGCAGAGGCAGCCCCCGAUCCUGGGUCAAUGGCAGAGGCAAGUGUGUCCCCACGGCCCCUAGAAGCCCAGAUGGAAGGGGCCGCUCCUGAGAGUGAAUCCUACGCAGACGUCCCAAGGUGUCAUCUUGAGAGCCCCAGCUUAAAGCUGCACUUCCCCACUGCUCCAGUGUCCGAGUCGGGCCUGCCCAGCCCUGGGGGCGGGACCCAUCCAGCCAUAGACCCCCUUCCCCUUCAGAUCCCUGGAGUGAGGCCUUCUGAACCCUUGGCUCCACCAGGAGAAGCACGUGGGGAGCCUCUUUCCCAGCCAGGAGGAUGUGACCUUGCCAAGGCAGAGGCAAGAACAGAGAUGUGGUCCUUCCAGCCCAAAGGUCCUCUGAAACUGAAGGCUUCCAGCACUGACGUGCCAUCCCAGGUUUCCGUGGUGAACGUGAAUCAGCUCUGGGAAGAUUCUGUGCUAACAGUCACAUUCCCCAAACUGAAGGUGCCCAGGUUCUCCUUCCCUGUGCCCAGCUCCGAGGCGGAUGUGUUCUUUCCUGUGGUGAGGGCAGUGCCCUGCAUGGAGGCAGGCACAGAGGUGGCCCUUCUCCAGGACAGUCCUGGGCUCUGGGGAGCCAGCCUCCUGAGGGCCUCUGGCACUGUGGUGCCCGGGGAGCAGCCUGAGGGCCCUGACCUCUCCUCAGAGGUGUCCCCAGUUUCUAAGGUCAGAGUGCACAUUCAGGAGUCCCAGGGUGAGAGUCAAGGGGUCACCAUUUGCAGCAAUGUGCAAGGAGAGUGCUCUGAUAUGGCAGCACCCGAGGCCUCUUCCACUCAGAUUGUGCGGGAAUCUGAGAUCCCCACGUCCACGGUUCAGAUGCCUUCCUAUGGGUUCUCCUUGCUGAAGGUGAAAAUCCCAGAGCUCCCUGCACAGGCUAGCACGUACACCACAGCUCAAGACUCCGCAGCAGGGGAGCACUCGGGAGGGUCCCCAGGAGGAGACACCGUUCCUGGAGAUCCGCAGCCUGACACUGGAGAGCCAUUUGAGAUGAUCUCCGGCAGUGCCAACCUGCUGGGGCCACCAACAUUCCCGAGUGAGGCUUGCUCUGGCCUCCAGCUUGCAGACAGUGGCUCUGAUGAGGAGCCAGCAGAAAUUCUCGAGUUUCCCCUUGACGACCGCCCGGAGGCAACGACCCCGCUGGCAGGUGAAGACAGGGCUCCCAAAGAGAAGCCAGAAGGUAAAAAGUCUUCUGGGCUGUUGUGGUCUUGGCUUCCAAACAUCGGGUUCUCUUCCACCAGCGAGACCAGUGCCGAUGCCAGGGAUGACGCCCAGAGGUGUGCUCCCAUCCAGACACAGCCUGGGGCACGGCCAGACCCGGAGCCCGAGAAGAAGCAGGACAGGGCAGGCUGGUUCCGGUUUCCCAGACUAGGGUUCUCCUCUUCCCCUGCCAAGAAGGGCAAAAGCUCGGAGGAGGAGGCAGGUCUGCCCGGGCAAAAGCUGCAGGAAGAAACAGUCACCUUCUUUGACGCCCGAGAAAGUUUUUCCCCUGAAGAGGAGGAUGAUGAGGUGGCAGCAGGGGCUGCAGGUGCCAGGCUGGGGUCCAGAGUGAUGGUGGCAUCCCCAGCAAGAACAGAGCUGAUCCUGUUGGAGGACAGCAAAAGUGUUGGCGAAGGGCCUGUGCCCAGGCCCGCAACUGAAUGAGGGUAAGAGAGGUGCGGCCAGUCAGCAGGAGAGAGAUGCAGAGGGCAGGGGUGGAGUGCCUGGGGGCGCUGGGCUGGCCGCACACGCAUCCACCUGGAUAACGGACCGGAGAACCAAGCAGAAAUGAACAUGAACAUCUGGGUCACAUGGCCCAACCUUCCUAAAAUGGAACCAAAAACGUGACCAGCUCCCUCCAAGCUUUGGGAGCACAGAGGUGCCCAGACUCCCACCUGUAUGGAUUCACUCAGCAUCGUGGGGCCACUGGAGGCACAGCUGGAGAAGCCUGCUGGUCUGCAUGCAUGAGCUCCAAGCGGCCUGCAGGAACGCCCAGAGGGGCCGCGCUCCUGACGGCAGGGUUCUUGUGCCCACGGGUGUCGAGGCGGUUGGCGUAACCUGUGCCCUGCGUUGCCAUCUCGUGGUGAAGCCAGUUCUCUGGCUCCAGGCGGAGCACGCGGUGUUCUUGAAAACCUGUUACUGGCUCACGUACAAGCUGGCUCCUUUGUCAACAUCCUCCUCGUGGCCAGCUCCAGGAUGCCUUGCGAUGAUGCUGGGCACACAGGAGAUGGCCAACGGUUGCCUGAUGGGAACUAAGUGGCGACAGAUGUUAGGACACCUGAGAGUCAUCACGAGACACCGAUGUGUUCUCCUCAGUUUCUCCAGUGUGCACAGCCCCACGCCGUGGCCCCAGCACCCCUUGAUGU